AUGUGUGAUGUGGAGCACUGUUGUGUUGGCGAGGGGGAGAGCCUGGACCUGCCUUGUGGGCUGGAGAAAGCCAUUCAGCGCAUGGAAAAAGGAGAACAUUCCGUUGUGUACCUCAAGCCCAGCUAUGCUUUUGGCAAUGUGGGGAAGGAAAAGUUCCAGAUCCCGCCGAAUGCUGAGCUGAAAUACGAAGUACACCUCAAGAGUUUCGAGAAGGCCAAGGAGUCUUGGGAGAUGAACUCCGAGGAGAAGCUGGAGCAGAGCACCAUAGUGAAAGAGCGGGGCACCGUGUACUUCAAGGAAGGCAAGUACAAGCAAGCUUUACUGCAGUACAAGAAGAUUGUCUCCUGGCUGGAAUACGAGUCCAGUUUCUCUAACGAGGACGCCCAGAAGGCCCAGGCCCUUCGGCUGGCCUCCCACCUCAACCUGGCCAUGUGUCACCUGAAACUACAGGCCUUCUCCGUGGCCAUUGAGAGCUGUAACAAGGCCCUGGAACUGGACAGCAACAACGAGAAGGGCCUUUUCCGCCGCGGAGAGGCCCACCUGGCGGUGAAUGACUUUGACUUGGCACGGGCUGACUUCCAGAAGGUCCUGCAGCUCUACCCCAGCAACAAAGCCGCCAAGGCCCAGCGGGCCAUCUGCCAGCAGCAGAUCCGCAAGCAGCUUGCGCGGGAGAAGAAGCUCUAUGCCAACAUGUUUGAGAGGCUGGCCGAGGAGGAGAGCAAGGCCAAGGCAGCAGAAGCCGCAGGAGACCAUCCUGCUGACGCAGAGAUGAAGGAGGAGCAGAAGAACGAAGUGGCGGGGAGCCAGCCUCAGGUGGAGACAGAAGCAUAGCCUCUGCCCAGCCCUCCUCCCGCGGCUGCCUGCCUCCCUUGCUCCCUCCCCUCCUCCACCCUGUUAGUUUUGUAAAAACUGAAGAAUUUUGAGUGAAUUAGACCUUUAUUUUUCUACCUGGUUAGAUGGUGGCUUUGGGGGAAGGGGGAAAGGAGUAGGCUGGGGGAUCGUUUUAGGUGGUGUCACCCCCUCGUCCCUUCCCCCAUCCUCCAUUACAUGUGAACAAAUGUCCAUCCACACGCACACUCAUCAGAACGUUAAUUUAUUUUGCUGCUUCUG